AUGCCGCCCAAAGUACACCUCAUCCGUCAUGCCCAGGGCGAACAUAAUGUAUCUCACGACUACACGAUUCCCGAUGCCGUCUUAACCGCGAAGGGCAAGGAACAGUGCCGCGCUCUCAGUGCAGCUUUUCCGCACCAUCAGAACGUGGAAACUGUGUUCGCCUCUCCACUGCGUCGUACCAUCCAAACGGCGGCACUCAGCUUCGGGCCGACCUUGGCGCGUAAGGAAGUGCCGUUCAUCCUUCUCCCGGGACUGCAAGAAGUUGGCAACAUUGAAAGUGACACCGGCAUUGCAGGCACUCCAGAAGAUCUCGGGCAGAUUUUGCCAGCUUUGUUCGCAGAGGAUGAGCUGACGUUCGAGCUGGAAAAGAUUGAUUCCUCUGCUUUGACCCAGGGAUGGAAUUCGAAGGCAAGCUACUGGGCCUAUGAGAAGCCAGCUAUAUCAAGGCGUGCUGCAGACGUUCGGAACUGGUUGUUUCAGAGACCAGAGGCAGAGGUUAUUGUGGUAACGCACGGUGCAAUUGCCCACUUUUUGACCGAAGAUUGGGACGUGGAGGACCCAAUGAUAGGCACGGCAUACAAAAACUGCGAACACCGCGAAUUCGUCUUUACGUCCGACUCAACAUCCGCAGAUGCCCACGUUGAGGAGACUGAACGAAGCCGGGCGAGACGAGGCCCGAACGGGCCAGAGUCGGAUCCGCAUGUUCUGGACGAGAUGAAGACUAUGCAGCAGCAGGCUAAGGAUGAGGUGCAGUAAUCUGGAAGCCGUUGAACUAAGGGCUGUACCGGCGCCAAUAGCGGUAGAAGCCAAUUCAGGUACGCCUUCGCGC